CGUCUUCCUUCGAUUCCCUAAUUUCCAACUUCUCUUUCGUUUCUCAUCAUCAGAGACUUACACUCCAAUUUCCAAACCGAAUCGAAUUUGAAUUUCGAUUUGAAUUUGAAUUUCAUUUUCAACUUCCCUGUGAUGCCUUACACGGUCCGCGAGAACCUUUCGAUCGGGAACAUCGGCGACGCGGCGGAGAUUCUCGAAAACGGCGCCGUCCAGAGCGUGACACACAUCCUCUCCGUCCUCAGCUCCGCCUCCAUCUCCUUCUUCUCCGAAUGGAAAACCACUCUCUCCAUCCCCGCCAAGGAGAUCACCAAAGUCCACGCGGCGGACGCCGCCGCCAAAUCGGCGCUCCCGCCGGAGAAGCUCCUCUACUCUCUCGAGUACGCCGGCCGCGACCUCAAGCUCGUGCGCAUGGCCGUGCCUCUCAGAGACACCGAGAAGGAGGACCUGCUCGAUUACUUGGAAGCCUGCAUCGAUUUCAUUGAUCGCGGUCGGAAGGAAGGUUCCGUUCUCGUUCACUGUUUUGCCGGAGUUUCCAGAAGUGCGGCGGUUAUUACGGCGUAUUUGAUGAGAACCGAACGUCUAUCUGUAGAAGAUGCCCUUGAAUCGUUGAGGCAGAGCUGUGAAUUUGUUUGUCCCAAUGAUGGUUUUUUAGAGCAGUUGAAAAUGUUCGAGGGGAUGGGUUUUAAGGUUGAUCACUCCAGCCCUAUAUACAAGCGCUUUCGUCUAAAAUUACUAUAUGAGAAUCAUUUCUCAGGGUUGAGGAUAGACAGUUCUAAACUUGGUGCAGAUCCUGGUAUGCCUGUUGAAGUUUCUUCAGAGGCAGAAGAAACUACUAAAGUAGGAAAUAAUCGUAGGCCUACAUAUCGCUGUAAGAAGUGUCGACGACUUGUUGCAUUGCAAGAACAUGUCAUAGACCAUGUUCCUGGUGAGGGUGAGAGAGCCUUUGAGUUCCACAAACGGAGAGGUGGCAACCCUUUCAACAAAUCUGAUGAAUUUGAGUGUUCAUCCAUAUUUAUUGAGCCUCUACGGUGGAUGAAAGCUGUUGAGGAAGGUGCAAUGGAGGGAAAACUGUCCUGUGCACAUUGUGAUGCCCGUUUGGGAUACUUCAAUUGGUCAGGCAUACAAUGCAGCUGUGGAAGCUGGAUCACUCCAGCUUUUCAACUCCACAAAGGCCGGAUAGACAUAAGCCCCAUGUAAUCAUUUUUGCGUCAUUUUAUGCAUAAGGGAUGCCUCCUAUAUUUUUGUCAUUGUUCUAGGACUUGUAUUCUGCCCGAAUUCUCCAAGCUGGUCCACUGCCAACAAUGAAAUUGUGUAAGGAAGGAUUGGAGUCUUGCUCUUUGGACAUGCUCAACUUUUCCAAGCUGAACUAAUGCAGUUAUAUGGAAGGGAGGACUAUUAUAGUUUUACAAUUUUUGUGCUUCUUCCAGAAUGACUUUUUCGAGCUAUGAUUGGAGAUUAUUACUGGUUUCUAGUAAAUGGUGAGGCAUGAGUUGGGAUUCCAAUAUUAGGGCUUGUUCCCUCGAUGAUUUUACCGUAAGCAAGGAUAAUGCUUUUUUCUACAAAAGAAAAUGAGUGUUCUCCAUUGUACGUUUUUCUAUUAUUUUCAAUAUACAAAUUUUUUUCUUCGCUGUGAAGAAAUUGGUUACAAGUUGAAACAGACACAAGAAUAUAAAUCCAAUGUGGAUGAAUACAUCCACUUGACCUGAAUGAAGAUAUAUUUCUUGCCUCA